CACAGCGUGGGGGCCUGUGCAGCAGGCAGAGGGGAAGCACGGGACUCCAAAAGGGAAGGGAGGAAGGGCAGGGACAGCCUUGGGCACUGGGUCCAGCCCUGCCUCAGGGCCAUCCUCAGUGCAGCAUCCGCCCUGGUCUGUGUUUGGGGGUGGAAGGGCAGCUGGCACUGGGGGAGACAGCACUGCCUCCACCCACCCACCCCUCCGAGGCCCCCAGAGCUGCUCCCGGGGGUCUUGGCUGACUUAGGCCCUUCCUCUGACAUCACGGGCCUGCUGGCGCCUGCUGGUGGGGGAGUGGGGUGGGCCUGGGCCCACAUCCUGCUUGGCCAGUUACCCACAGGCCAAGUGACCAGCACAGCCAUCCCAGGCCUAGCCAUACACUGCACCACCCCGGCCUUCGCUCCGUCCCAGGCCCUGCCCAUCCCCUGCCACAGCGUAGGAGCCCCAGGUUGCAAAGGCUCGGGCCCCUCUCUCCUCGAGGCAGGGCCCGACUGGCUCCUCGUAAGCCUGAGCCACACUUGGCUUCCCGAGCAGGCCCCUCCCGCCCCUGCCGUCAUUUCUGGCAGGCCCUCUGCGUGAGCUCACGAGUUACAUAAGGCAUGUGAGCUAUGUCUUGGGGGAAUGAGCGACCCCUACACGGGGCUCUACAUCCCCUCACCCUCUCCAGCCACAGACCACCAUGAGCCGAGGGAGGGCUGGGCGUGAGAGGUGACCCCGUGCUCCCCUGCCCUGGGUGGAGGAAGGGGCUGCCCGGCCACCCUGAGAACAAUGGUAUGUGCAGAAGAGAAGGGACUGAAACUCUUUGAAGAUGUGCCAGGAUUUAGCACCCAGGGAGCGGCGGACAGAGACUCAGCCCCACCAGCCCCCGGCACGGAGGGAGGAAAGGGUUCCCCAGGCUGCUCAGGAGAAUGUUCAUUGCUGUAGUGGGCAGUUGCCUCCCAACCAGGGACGGUCACCCCUUGCCCGGGGACAGUGACCCUCCCGGAAUGGGGCUUCAUUUCUCGGGGCUGGGAAUCACCCUGGACCCUUCCCCACCCAGGGUGCUCUUGGGCCUUCUGAGGGCUCCUGGGUCAUUUGGGGCCUUCUGAGGGCUCCUGGGUCGUUUUGGGCCAUCUGAGGGCUCCUGGGUCGUUUUGGGCCAUCUGAGGGUCCCUGAGCCCAAUGACACUUCUGCCCAGGCUCGUGCGGCUGGAGGAAGCCGCCAGGCAAGGUCCCCUCCAUGCCCUGGUGCAGCCUGGCCUGGGAGAGAGGAGGCCCCAGCAACACCGAGAGCAAAGACAGGGCAGAGUUUCUCAGACAUGGCACCGGGCCAGGGAGCCCCUCGCGGCUGCAGGGGUUCUCCACGGACUCAGCCAUCUGGGGAGAGCAGCCCAGAGCCCUCGGGCCUCCUGCCGUAUUCUGCGGCCUGGGACUUGGGGGGACCUGAGGACACUGGGACACCGCUGAAGGGAGGUGCAGACAGUGUGUACUGGUGUUUCCGGGGACCGAGCCCAGAAGGAGCGGGCCAGCCAGCUCCUGGCCUGGAGGAAAAUCCUGCUCCCUGGCUAGAAAACCACCCUAGAGGAACGGGGCUGGGGUGCAGGAGGCUUUCCUCAGGCGGCCGCCCCUUUCCUCCUCCAGAAGCAGGGCAGGAAAAGAGCAUUCCGCCCAGGCAGCGAAAACCCCAGCUCCGGUCCCUCCCGCCCCACCAGAGGCCGCCUGGAGGCACGGAGUUCCGGCCGGGAUGAGGCCUGGGAAGCCCAGCGACUCACAGGCCACGGCUGCUUCCCCUCUGCGAGGAAGGAAAAGUCCCUGCAGAGCGGCCCUCGGCUCAGGCUGCGGUGCCCAAGCAGAGGAAGGGAGCGUGCUUGCAGACGCCUCCUGCUGGGAGCCUGCCACCCCCGCCACACCCUGCGCGGGGACAAAGCUCUCGGUGGCUGUGGCGGGGACACACCGUGUGCGGGUGGCUGCAAGCCAGCAGCCCCGAGCGGCCCCUCCCGCUAG